ACUUUUGGGUAGCUUGGCUACUUUAGUACACAAGUCUACUUUUGUCAUAUUUUUGUCUUUUGGAAUGGCUAAAAUAUACUGACGAAAUAUUUAAUUGGCUUCUUAGCAAGUAUGGCUAAAGAAAAACAACCUCAUUGGUCGGAUAUUUUGAAAAGAAGAUUAGCAAACACCAAAAAAGAUGAGAGGAGCGAAGAGGAAAAGAAAGCAGAAGAAACAGAGCUGUUCACCAAAUACUAUACAGAGUGGAAGGAAGGAGGCGACAAAGACAAGUCCUACAAGACCAUCCCACGAUUUUACUACAGGCUACCAGCAGAGGAUGAAGUGUUACUUCAGAAACUGAGAGAGGAAUCCAGAGCCGUGUUCCUGCAGAGGAAGAGCAGAGAGCUGCUGGAUAAUGAAGAACUGCAGAACCUGUGGUUCCUGCUCGAUAAGCACCAGGUGGCUCCAGUGAGCGGGGAGGAGGCCAUGAUCAGCUAUGAAGCCUACCUGCAAGUAGGGGAGCAGGCCGGGCCCAAGUGCAGUAAAUUCUUCACAGCCAGAGUGUACGCCAAGCUGCUCCACAGCGACCCCUACGGCAGGAUCUCCAUCAUGCAGUUCUUCAACUACGUCAUGAGGAAAGUGUGGCUGCAUCAGACCCGUAUCGGCCUGAGUCUGUAUGAUGUAGCAGGACAGGGCCACCUCAGAGAGUCGGAUCUGGAGAACUACAUCCUGGAGCUGAUCCCCACUCUGCCUCAGCUGGACGGACUGGAGAAGUCCUUCUACUCCUUCUACGUCUGCACCGCUGUCAGGAAGUUCUUUUUCUUCCUCGACCCCCUCCGAACAGGAAAGAUCAAAAUCCAGGAUAUAUUAGCCUGCAGUUUUCUGGACGAUUUAUUGGAGGUAGAACCUUUUUUAUUACUCUAA